AGGUGAGGUGAGUCGAGAUCGACCUCCAUUGCGCGGGAUCCUCCGGCGCGGAUUCUGAAUCUGAGCCCUCUGCGUGCCUGCUGCUUCCAGUUCCAGGGCUGUCUUCGGGUUGGCUCAUGGUUCACGAUGGCGCCGUGAAGGAGCAGCAGGUGAGCGCGUCUAGCCCGCCGGCGGAGGUGGUGCCGGUGCCGGUGGAGGAGCAGUCGGAGUCGGCGGCGUUGGCGGCGGGAGCGGGAGCGGCGGGGGAGGAGGCGGUGGGACCGUCGAGGCCGGGGAGCGACAAGCGGCUCGGCGUGCGGCACCCCGUCAAGUACCACCGGUUCCGGGCGCGGGGGAAGGCGAUGGGGCCCGGAGGGGCGCAGCCGCCGGUGGAGGUGGUGGAGGGCGAGGGCGCUGGCGAGGUCGAGGAGGAGGCCUCGUCGCCCGAGAGGGAGGUGCUGGCCGGCUUCGUCGAGGUCGAGUCGGUCGAGAUGGAGGUGGAGGAGGGGGGCGACAUGGAGGUGUCACCUGCCGCGGCUGUGGCCGUGGUGGAGUCGCAGUCCGCUGAGGAGGAGGAGGAGGAGGUGCUGUCGCCGGCGCUGGUGGAAGAGGGGGUGAAUCUGGGCGCUGCGGCGGUAGCUGCGGCUGCCGUGCCGGCUCUGGAGGUGCCCAGGGACCAGGACCAGGAGAAGGAGAGGAAGGAGAAGGAGAGGCAAAGGGAGAGGGAGAGGGCCGACGAGGUCGGCUACAUGAGCGGCGGGUGCAAGAGUGAUGAUGGAAGUUUGAGUUGUGGAUAUUCAAGUUUUAGAGGAAAAAGGGCAAGCAUGGAAGACUUCUUUGACAUAAAAUCAUCUAAAAUUGAUGAUAAAAAAAUAAAUCUCUUCGGAAUAUUUGAUGGUCAUGGGGGUUCACGUGCUGCUGAGUAUUUGAAGGAGCACUUGUUUGAGAAUCUCAUGAAACAUCCGGAAUUCAUGACAGAUACAAAAUUAGCAAUAAGUGAAACAUAUAAAAAAACUGAUUCAGAAUUCUUGGAUUCUGAAGUCAACACUCAUAGAGAUGAUGGGUCAACUGCAUCGACAGCAGUUUUGGUUGGGAAUCAUCUUUACGUGGCAAAUGUUGGCGACUCUCGGGCUGUAAUAUCGAAGUCAGGCAAAGCUAUUGCACUCUCUGACGAUCACAAGCCGAACAGAAGCGAUGAGAGGAAACGAAUUGAGAGUGCUGGUGGGAUUGUUAUGUGGGCUGGAACAUGGAGGGUCGGUGGUGUACUUGCAAUGUCUCGGGCAUUUGGCAACCGCUUGCUCAAGCAAUUUGUUGUCGCAGAACCGGAGAUUCAGGAGCAAGAAAUAGAUGAUGAAGCAGACUUUCUGAUUUUGGCUAGCGAUGGGCUGUGGGAUGUGGUUCCAAAUGAGGACGCUGUCUCACUCGUGAAGAUGGAGGAGGAUCCUGAGGCAGCAGCCCGGAAGUUGACGGAGACCGCUUUUGGCCGUGGGAGUGGCGACAACAUCACCUGCGUCGUCGUGAAGUUCCAGCAUGACAGGACGGGCAGCGACUCCCCCUCGCCUUCGGGUGACAAGAGCUGAUCGUCGUAUUUGCUGUCUGUUAUACAUGUUGUGGGCUGGCAAGGGCCCCUUAUCUGUAGAUCUACAGGGCCCCAAUCAGUAUGUAUCAGAAAUGUAGCAUGGUCAUUAUACAUUCAUAGCAUAUGAUUUUCGAAAUUCGUUGGUGAAUACAAACUGCUUAUCAGACUGGGAUAGUUUUAACUUUCUACUGGA